UUAAAAAUGCAAUCAGUCGUGACAUUUGAAAAACCGUUACCCCACUUGAGUUUGCCGGAUUGGGACGCUCGGUUGUAUGAUUUGCAGGUGACCUCAGAUACCAGAAGAGCUGAUGCCUUCGAUCUUCGCUACAGCUCUCACCAGCUCCGCAAUGAAACUAAGAUCAAGACCAAUUGGGACAGCUAUCACAACAACAAUCGUCUCAGAGCCAGAGUAUACGAGAUCGAGCAAUGGAAAUCGACGCUUCAGGAGUUACUCGAGCGAUUGGAUAGAGAGAUGGCUGGACUGAAAGAAGAGAAGGCAUCUACUGAGAGAGAAUUGGAACAACUCAACCUACCUCUACUGGUCUGCUCUGAGUGCCUCUCCAACAGAGACGGGAGACGAAGCUCUGAGCUGACUUAUGAUCUUGCUGACACCGAGCUGAAAAAGGAACUCUGCGUCACCGAAAGCAACAAGAAGAUGCUGAUUGACCGAUGCCAGUCUGCUUGGGAGAAGGUCAACAAGCUGGAAGUGGUCAAGUUUAAGCUCCAACUGGAUCUGAACGACAAGAACGAAGCACUACAGAUAGACAAAGACAUGUUGAGCUUGGACAAGGACUGUGCUAAUAUCACUUACAAGACUGAUUCGUUGAAGACGCCUAAAAGGAUGAUCACCUACGAGCAAUGGCUGGAAAAAUGCGAAGCGACAAAGGACAUGGCGAUAAAAGAACUUCAAGAUACGCUGCGUCUACGAGAGUCCCUGUUCGUAGCUAGAGGGCGCGCUCGUAACGCUCUGCGCGCGCAAACUGACGUCACCAACUACAUGCUGCGCCGGCGCAUAUACGACACGCAACGGGCUAGGAAUGAACUGCAAUGGCAGAAGAUGAAGAUGGAAGAAAACAUGGACAAGCUCAACUCAGAACUGAAGACAAUCGGCGAGCAGUUUGCCGACAAAGUGAAUGCUCUGAAAGUGGCCGAGACCCGCCUGGAGACGCGAGGGUACAGGCCUGGCAUCGAAUUGGCAGGAGAUGAAGCAGAUGUAGGACUGAAGGAAGAGGUCAGGAACUUGAGGGAGACAAUCCGGCAGCUGCAAGAGAAGCUGGAUUGCGCCAAACCUCUAACUCUUCUAAAAGCGACUGAGACUCGUCUGGAGACGCGAGGGUACAGGCCCGGCAUCGAACUGGCUGGAGAUGAAGCAGAUGUAGGACUGAAGGAAGAGGUCAGGAACUUGAGGGAGACAAUCCGGCAGCUGCAAGAGAAGCUGGAUUGCGCCAAGGCUACCUACAACGCGUUAGAGGCGGCGUCCAUCAACAUCGCCAUCGACCUAAACGACAAGGAACAGUCGUUAGAGGUGGACACGCGAGCCCUGGAGAUGAGGGCAUCCCUGGAACCGAAGAGACCACAAGGAACUGAUAAGAACCUGAUCCUGGCUUCCAUGUAUGAUGAGUUGCCGAACGUUGAAAAUUAGAAAUGACGAUCUGUUAUUUUCAAUCAAGUGUCAAUCGUUCAUUUGUUUUGUUUAAAUGAGUUCAUUUGACGGAAACAUUUCGUGUGUUUAUUAUUUUUUCUUUUUUCUAAAUCGUUGUGUGUGCUAGUGUUUUUGUAAUGGUUAUAAAAAUAUUUUUUGAUGUGAUUU